ACCCAACUCCCCAGGGUUUGAACCCCAGAGCCCUCAAGCCAGCAGCUCUCUCCCUCUCCCUCCCUCUCCCUCUCUCCGAGAUGGUUGCAAUUGAAGAAUCGAAGAAGGAUAGCGGCACAAUCAAGUUCCUAUACAGCUAUGGCGGCCAGAUCCGGCCUCGCUCCACCGACGGCAAGCUCCGUUACGUCGGCGGGCACACCAGAGUCCUUAAUGUCGGCCGCUCUAUCUCCUUUGCAGAGCUGUUGGUGAAGCUGGGGGAGUUGUGCGGAUCCUCGGUGAGUUUGAGGUGUAAGCUGCCGACGGAAGAUCUCGACACUUUGGUCUCCGUCACGUCCGACGAAGACCUCGCGAAUCUCAUCGAGGAAUAUGAUCGCGCUGCUGCUUCUUCUUCUUCAGGGGUUCCUCUCAAGAUCAUAGCCAUUCUUUCGCCGCCCAAAUCUCUCAAAGUAGUCUCUCCUCCCGCGUCGGCCGCCUCCGUUUUCGAUCACCGCCCACUCAAGGCGCCGCCGUCGUACCCGUUAGCCAAGCAGACCUGCUCGCCGCCUGUCGGGUUUCCCAUCGCCAUUCAGAACCAGAACGGCGCCGUCGGCGUCCCUCACCAUCCUCCCUUUGCGCGAGGAAGCCCCUACCUCGGCUCCCCCUAUUUUUGGCCCUACUGGAACCGGAUGCAACUAUAAUAAACCCUUAAUUUCAUACACAAAAAGAAAUACGUAGAGACCAUAUGAACAUCAUAAAACACAAAUCAAAACACAGAUCGAGUGAAGUUCCUUGUGUAAUUAGACUGUAAUAGUUUUCUGAGGAAGUGAGGAUUAUUUUUUUUUUGACA